AUGAGGCAUUAUUUCGGUCACAAAAAGCAUGUUUGUACAUUUAUUACAUUUAUCUCUUCCAUAUUGUUUCCCCUUCACGGUUUUGCUAUCUUGUCCAUCAGCAUAAGAAAUUAAAUAGGAAGUUCUGAGGAGUUUUGUGGACGCUACAGAUGACAACAUGAAGGCCACAGACAACACAGAAAAAGUGUGGAAACUUAGAAAUGCAUAAAAUAUUUGUGUAGUAUUGUAUAAUACCAUUCCAAAUUUUACAAUAAGAUACUAUAAACAGCCCAUAAAAGAAAAAGAAAAAGAAAAACAUUGCGACUUCUUUUCUGGUAUAAAGAGAGGGCCAAAAAAAUCUAGGUGGAUUUUCCAGAUGGGGGGGAGGGGUUAUUUGGAAGGAAUAACUACCUACUGAAUCAAGCCUAUUUUUGUUGGCUCUAAAUAAAGAUCAAAAUAACAAUGCUUGAUACACAUAUGGACUCACAGAUGCCUUGUAAUUCUUCUCUAGGGGCCCUUGGUUGGGAACCCCUGAGCUCUCUAGGACUCAAAAUAAUGAUAUGGCAGCCGCAGAAUAACACCAUCUUAUAGCGCCCAGGGCCAACAAUGGAUGGGACCUUCCUGUUCUCUGGCCAUUUGGAGUCCCGGAGCCAAUUCUGGGUUCUUGAAGACAUCGGCCAUGACAUCGGCCAUGACAUCAGCCAUGACAUCAGCAGGGGGGUGCCUUGAUGGGCAAGUGACUUGGAUUUCAGCGAGGGUGGCUGUACCAAGUCACCAGCCUCUCUCCUCCACAGCCAUCCGGGCCGGGGGCAAGACAGAGGUCAGGAUGACCGGCAAUGGCCUCCAGCUCCGGCUACCACGGGACGGGAAGGCUAUUGGUUGUCUGCAGAAUGGCCAGAGGAAGAUUAUCUCCUACAGGGAUGGGUUCGAGAAACUAGCCAAGUUAGGCCCGGAGAAGGAAAACUUGGUGUUUGCGGCACGGACACAAGAUCCCGGUUCAAGCACUCGGACGCCUCAGCUCGCUCCUCCGCGGCCGCAGAAGCUGCAGCGAGGAGGGGAAGCUGCAAAGGCAGAUGUCCUCUUACCGAGAACCACCUUCUAAUGUUCAGAGGGGAGAGCCUGUCGUGGUCCGGCCCCCCGGAAACAGGAAGGGGCCUCUGGUCAUUGAGCCCUAACGGCCUCACUUUACAGAGGGAGGAACUGAGGAAGCUGCUUGAGGCCACAGGAGAAAACAGCCCGAGCGGCCUCUCCCAGCGCAGGGAUACAGUCUUUCCUUAGUGCCUCGGGAGAUACAAAGUAUCAGGGCCUCCCCCACCGGUUAGCAUUGACUUUGAGGUUGGCCGAGCCCUUUGCAAACAGUCGGCCGUCCCAUCCUACAUCCCUGGGAGGCGGCCCCGGCGGCAUCCCCCAUUUACACAAGGUGUAAGGGACUUCCCCGGCUCGUGGGCGGAAUUUGCACUCAGGUCUUCCUGCCUCUCGCGACAGAGCUCUCCCAAGCAUGCGUUUUGCUGUGUAAAGUGAGGCUAUUUAGGACACAUGCGCAGAAAUGGUAAAGCACCACGGAUUUCUCUCCUUUUAGAAGGGGAUCCAAGAGCCUCAUGACCUGCCCCUGCAUUGCCAGCCUAAGGGGUGCAAGAGGACGCGGCAGUCCCUGCGGCUGUUAUGAGACCUCCAGGGCCCGCGGGGGCGACAUGUAUAGCGUCCGGCGACGCUCUAGCCCACGCCUGGCGGCGCAUCGUCAUUGGCCGCUGAGGCUUUCGGGAUCGUGGCGGCAAGAUGGCGGCCCCCAGGAGCGAGGAGGGAGUAACCAUGGCGGAGGAGGAAGCGGCGGCAGCCGUGGUCGAGGCUGCGGGGCGGAGCGGAAGGUCCGGGGUGGAGGUGCUGGUUUCCCAAGACACGUCGGGCUCUCCUCCUCAGUGUCCCCACGGUCCUACUCUUCUGUUUGUAAAGGUGAACCAAGGUAAAGAAGAGGCUCGAAGAUUUUAUGCUUGCUCAGCUUGUAGAGAUAGAAAAGACUGUAAUUUCUUUCAGUGGGAAGAUGAAAAGCUGUCAGAAGCUAGACUUGCUGCCCGAGAAAUCUACAACAGACGUUGCCAGCCUCCUCUAUCUCACAAGCAGUAUGUAGAAAGAUAUUGGAAGUUUAUUGAGCUGCCUUUAUCUCAAAGAAAGUUUUGCCAAAGAUGUCAACAGUUGCUGUUACCAGAUGAUUGGGGAAAGCAUUGUGAUCACCAGGUACUUUAUGAUAUCUCCAUUGCUCAGCUAAAGAGGCCUAGUCAACUCCUGUAUCCAUUGGAGAAUAAGAAGACAAAUGCUCAGUAUUUGUUCACAGACAGAAGUUGCCAGUUCUUACUGGACCUGAUUUCUACUCUCGGAUUCAGAAAAGUUUUGUGUGUUGGAACACCAAGGCUGCAUGAGCUGAUCAGAUUGAAAGCAUCAGGCGACAAGGAGUCUGACGUUAAAAGCCUUCUGCUGGAUAUUGAUUUUAGGUAUUCACAGUUUUAUACAGAAGACAGCUUCUGCCAUUACAAUAUGUUUAAUCAUCAUUUCUUUGAUGGAAAGGCAGGUUUUGAAACUUGUAGAAAAUUCUUACAAGAAGAUAAAGGUGUAGGACUCAUUCUGGUGACAGAUCCUCCAUUUGGAGGUUUGGUAGAACCACUGGCUGUUACCUUCAGGAAGUUUAUGGAUAUGUGGGGAGAACAACAAAGCCCAGAUAAUAACAAGGAACUACCAUUAUUUUGGAUUUUCCCCUAUUUUUUUGAAUCUCGAAUUCUUCAGUUUUUUCCAAGCUUCAGCAUGCUGGAUUACCAGGUAGAUUAUGAUAAUCAUGCACUUUAUAAACAUGGAAAGACAGGUCGAAAACAGUCUCCUGUGCGCAUUUUCACUAAUAUUCCUCCCAACAAAAUAAUUCUUCCAGCAGAAGAAGGAUACAGGUUUUGUGCCGUGUGUCAGCGUUACGUUUCUUUAGAGAAUCAACACUGUGAGAUCUGCAAUUCAUGUACAUCAAAGGAUGGCAGGAGGUGGAAGCAUUGUCUUCUUUGCAAAAAAUGUGUCAAGCCCUCUUGGAUUCACUGCAGCAUUUGCAAUUACUGUGCACUUCCCAAUCAUUCAUGUGCAGGUGCUAAAGAUGGUUGCUUUAUAUGUGGUGAAGCAGAUCACAAACGUACCAAGUGUCCUAAUUUCUCUUCAUCUAAAAGAGCUAACAAGGCUGUCAGGAAACAGAAGCAAAAAAAAAGUAACAAGAUGAAAAUGGAGACCACUAAAGGACAAUCUAUGAAUCAUGCAAUUGUUACAAGGAAAAAGAAAAAGAAGAAAAGAGGACAUCAAUAUCCUUGCUCCUAAAUGUCCAGUGACCUGAGAAUAAGAUUUACAGCUUAACCUUUGGAGCCAUUUUUGGAAAGUGCUAUAUUGGACUUACAUUCUGUUACUUUCAGAGAUGUGCACCUUCAGAAAGUUACUAUUGUCAGGCAGGAUGCUCUCUCUGGUGGAAGUGCUCUUAUCCUUUUUGGGGUAAGGGUUCCCUUUUGGGGAGCUACUCAAGUCUGAAUCCAUUUUCAGAAUGAUGCUUUUAAAUGCAUAAAAGAGUCCAGAAAAGAAAUUGAUAAUAUAGUUAUCAAUUUUUUUUUUAUUUUUAAGUUCACAGACUUCUGGUUAAGAAUGCUUUAUCUGGUAGAUAAGAGCCAUGUUGAACCUGUUUGGAACCCAGAUUCUUUCUUUGAUUGGGUUGUUCUCUUGAUCACUUUACUUCUAAAACUCUUAGUACUUGAAGCUUAUUUAUUCUGUAGAUUCUAAAUAAGGAUGAAUAUUAAAGCCUAUAAUGUUUUGUCUACAAUGACCAUUAAAAUUAAUAAGAUUUUGAAA